AUGCCCAAUCGACGCACAGGCACGACACGGCCCCAAACGUCGUGCCGUUCCCCAGACGUUCAGCUCCACGGCACCGCGAUUGGAUCAUGUUUGCUGCCGCCUGACUGCCCGGGUCUCGAGCAGGGCCUGCUUCCUUGCCGCGGUGAGUCCUCCCAGUUCAGGCGCGCAUGCCUUGCCAGCCUGGUCAUGGACCAUGCCCGUGGCCACUGUGCGUCGCGACCGGGCAGGUCGGCCAUGAAACACGCUGCCCUCGCCGCUGCGUCUGCGAUGGCAUGGCUGCGAGGGUCUGGUUGGAUCUCGUUGCUCCGGACCUCUGAGCCGCCGCUUCAGGCCGUUGAGGGCCCCAUGGCACCAUUCUGGCGCGCUCCGAGCUCAGACGACGUCCGUUGUCCAACCCUGAGGCCGGGGCAGGCAUCUUUCCAACUUGGGUCGGCAUCAUGUCGGAACUGGUUACAUUCACUGGGCACAUGCUCCUUGGGCGUUUGUCUUGCGGCUGCGCUGGUAUUAAAGAACCGGUGCUGGGCCCACGCGGUGUGGCCGCCGCAACUCCAUUCAUGUGGUUGA